AUGUGUGAUUUAGGCACUUGGACGCAUAUUAUUACACAAACAGGAAUGUUUGCAUUUACUGGUUUAAAUCCUCAACAAUGUCACACAUUAGUGCACGAGCAUCAUUGUUAUAUACCAUCAGAUGGACGAGUCAACAUGUGCGCGAUCACAGAAGAGAAUGUAGAUCAUGUAGCCGAAAGUGUUCAUCAAGUUAUUGUAACUCUUCGCAGAUCAUCACGUAAAAGUUUGGCCAUGGAUUUGUUCUGA